ACCAAGAAAAAGUACAUUGCUGUUUGAACGUGCUAGUAGUGGAUAUCCCCCCUCUGUCUCUGGCCGAUAAUGAUCCGGCCUGAUUAAGCGACUGCGCUUACAUUUCGAAUUGCAGGAGGAGUUUUGUUUGCAUCCAACAUACAUGAAUAAGACCGCGCAGCCUCUCCACCUCCUGCUUUUCCCUUCUUCCCACCACCAUCGCACAACAGCAUAGCAUAUCCUUCACCAACGCACAAACCAUCAUGGGCUUCCUCGUGCUCGACGAAGACUACGAAAGUCAAGCCCGGGACAAGAUCCAGGCGUCUCGGUCACCCGACGGCGUGCUGCGCGGUAACCUCCAGUGCGACAUCACGCUGCCGCUCUUCACCAACCCUCCAGAGAACCGCCUCGCAUGCCACGAGACCGCUCAGGAGACGGCGUACGUCAGCGCCCACAUCUCGUCCCGUAUCCACGCCUUGUACUCGCAGCUCGCUGCCCAUGCUGCUGCUGCUGCUGCUGCUACUGCCACUAGCCAUUCUUCCGCGUCGGUAGCGCCCGAGGGGAUUGCGCUGGACAUCAGGAUCGCACCGCAGUCCUUUGACAUUUACCAAGACUGCGACCAUCGCAGGUACCACUCUCGGCGUCUCCAUCUGCAUGACCCGGAGACCCUGCCCGUCCUCCCCUUUGUACGCAAGCUGUCUGUCAAAUCGGCAGAGUCCUAUUCCGGGCUCGGCAACUUGUACGGCCUCCGCCCCCUGUCACUGCUCGUCCCGUUGCAAUGCAUCGCCGCCCUGCCGAACCUCACCACGCUCCUGCUCCCGUGGAUGUGGGAGAGGCCCAUGCCUUAUGCCACCCCCAGCACGCCGGUGCGCGAGCACUACUCUCGACCCUGGGAGGGACCCCUCCGGGAUGCGAGACACGACUUUGGCAAUGCGAUCGCUGCGCAGGAGAAGUUCCUCUGCGGCAGGCGGAUCCCGGCGAGUCUAAAGAACGCGAUGCUGCAUUUCUGGGAGCCGGAGCAGAUCUCAGUGGAGGAUCAGAGCGUGGCUCGACCGGAUCUGAUCUACCCAGCCGAGAGAGAUCCUGUGAGCGUGGGGUUGUGCAGGCUGGCCGCACAGAUUGAGAAGCUCGACCUCCGUGCCCUGGUAACGGAGGACCUAUUCCCUGCUGCAGGGGCAGAGGAUCAGCAGUGGUUAUCUAUGCAACGGCUCCGGAUAGAGUUCCACCCGCUGCGCCCGGAUGGGAUGUGGUACUUUGUCGGUCCGCAGGGCGAGGAUCCUUUGCGCAGCGCCGGCUCUGGGGACAAGAGAGAAGGCGGGUUCCGAAUUUCCGAGACGAUGGAUUACCCACGCGAACACGACAUAGCUGCGGACGAAGAGAUUGAUGAGGAAUUCGAUGAAUACCCAAACGGUGACUCAGAGUUUGACUACCUCCCCGAUCUAUUCCGCACUGAGCCGCAAAGAGAGAGAGUUGAGCCUUUUCUUGCGCGGUUUGCAGCGGCCGUGGCCAACAUGACCAGUUUGGAGGACGCGGAGAUGUUUGCAUACGUCUGGUGGACGCCCUCGGAGAGCAGAGAGGAGGAGUAUGCUGGUGACGCACCGUACGACAACGCCAGCGUGCACCGGUGGGGUGUGCGGUAUCUUUCUGGCCGUGGUGGUGGUGGCGGCGACGGCGACGGCGACGGCGAUGGCAAGACGGCGACCCCGGUGGUGCAGUGGCAAGUCGGGGACUGGAGACCUAGUACAGCGAUCAUGGCGCUUUUCGAGGCGCUCGGCACCCAAGAGUGGCUUGAGUUCGAGUUUACAAGAGGCAGACCACGGCGAACUACGAAUGAUAUAAUAUAAGCCCGGCCGUUUCAAUGUAGUUAAUAGUAAGUCUUCAGAUCUA